AACGAGACCUCGGAGGACUCGAACGCGGACGGCGCUGCGACCAGGGCGUGCUGCCAGAGGAAGGCAAAUAUAGAGCCCGUUAUCCCUACCCCUAUCCGCAGCUCUGGGGUCCGCGCCUGCGAGAAGCGGGAGGCGAAGAUAGAACCCCAGGAAUACUGCUACAAGGCAGUGGCAGCGGGCAGUGGCGCGAGCCUGCGAGAACAGGCGGUGGCGGGCAGUGGUGCGAGCAGUGGUGCAAGCCUGCGAGAACAGGCGGUGGCGGGCAGUGGUGCUAGCAGUGGUGAGAGCCUGCGAGAACAGGCUGCGACGGGCAGUGGUGCGAGUAGUGGCAGCGCAGCCGGCGGCGGGCAGUGGUGCGAGCAGUGGGCGGUGGCGGGCAGUGGCGGGCAAUGGUGCGGCACUUCUCGGCCCGCCGUCGCCUACCCCACGGCGGCCCUGCUGCGCGCGGCAGCGGCGGAGGCCGCGCGCGCAGCCAGGGCGCGCCGCAACAACAACCACAAGCAACACCAGAAGGCUCCAGACUACCAGAAGGAGGACUCAGGCGACCAGAAGGAGGACCCAGACAACCAGAAGGAGGACCCAGGCGACCAGAGGGACCCAGACGAGCGGGCAGCGGUGCAAGCGGGCAGUGGCGCGACGAGGCAGCGGUGGUGCGAGCGGGCGGGCAGUGGUGCGAGCGGGCAGUGGUGCGCGCGGACGGGCAGUGGUGGUCAGAAGGACGCGCGUGCGGGCAGUGGUGCGAGCGGGCAGUGGUGCGAGCGGGCAGUGGUGCGAGCGGUCGUGGACAGUGAACAGGCGGCGGCGGGCAGUGGCGCCAGCCUGCGAGAACAGGCGGCGGCGGGCAGCGGUGCGCGCAGUGGCGCAAGACAGCGAGAACAGGCGGCGGCGGGCAGUGGAGCGAGCAGCGGCAGCCUCCUGCGAGAACAGGCGGCGACGGGCAGUGGUGCGAGCAGUGGCAGCGGGCAGUGCAGCACCAACAUAUGGGAGAGCGGACAGAUCCCAUCGAACAUUCGCAAGCCGUGGGACAUCUUCGAGGAGGAUCUCGAGGACACGCUCAACGACGUCAUUGACAGAACCGUGGAGGAGGCCUUGCGAGCGCGCCUCGCUACCGUCCAAGCCGAGGGAGCCCGCUCGGCCUUCUCGUUGCUCCCGCACGAUGAGCAGCGCGCCUACGAGGAGGUCUCGUUCGCCGAGCUCGCGGCCUACUCGGCCUUCAUGUGCUACGCCCGCGGCCGUGGCGCCAGCGAGUGGAUAGCCACGCAGGCUUGGAGCUCCCUGGGCAGCGAGGCGCAGGCAGAGUGGACCACCGAGUGCCCACGAGAUGCACUCGCCUCCGACCCGCUCUUCGCGCCGUACCUCAGGGACGCAGAG